GUGUGUGUGUGUGUGUUUGUGUGUGUAGGACGCCCAUGAGUUCCUGACCGCUGUGCUGGACCAGUUGAGGGGUCUGUCCCUCCUGCUAAAGCCAGCCGCUCUGGACAUGCUGGGAAGGACCUACUCCUGCCCCGUGGAGGCUCACCUGCUCUUCAACAUGAGGAGAACCAGGACCUGCAAGGGAUGUGAGGGCCAGUCCUCGUCCAUGGAGGUCUUCACCAACCUGUCCCUGGACCUGGAGCCUGGAGGCUCGGUGAGCCAGGCCCUGGACAGAUACCUCACGGAGAGCUCUCUGAAGUACGCCUGCCAGUGCGGAGGAAAUACAUCUGGCAUGCAGACCUGCUUCCUGACCCUACCUAACGUUCUGGUCCUCCACCUGAAACGCUUCCGCUUCACCCUCACUGGGAGGAUAGAGAAGGUGGAGGAUGAAGUCCUCCUGUCCAGAAACCUGGGACUCAGCAUUGGGACAGGAGAAGUACACACUCGUGAGUGUACUGAGCCACAUCGGUGCCCGGGCUACAUCAGGACAUUACAUCAGUGAGGGGGCCUAUCCGGAAGAGGGCAACAACCUGGCUGACCAAUGGCUGCGCUACAAUGACCUGAAGGUGUCACGGACCACCGGCAGGGCCGUCUGUCGCCGGCGGCAACGCACAGCCUACCUGCUGUUCUACCAGCGACAGGUGUAGAACAGUCUGGGGUCUGGGUGGGGGUGGGGGAAGGGCCCUCUGGUCUUGGGUGGGUGUCAGGGAUGUUGAGGAGCAGACCAACAUCCCAUCCCAGAGUCCCAGAGCCCCCCGAGACCACGCUGAGCCCACCCAGGAGCGAUGGAGUCCCAGACACAGUGGUCUCCUCCACCCAGGCAGCCCCAUCCCUCAGCUCCUGCUGCAGCAGAUUCCCCUCGCCGAGUUUGCUUCAUUGCAACGGGGAAAACUGGGGCAGAAGUUGGCCGGAGGAAAGAACCAUUGGUGUGGUCAGCAGCUCAGUACAAUCACUAGGCCGACGGCCCCCCCCCUCCGAGGUGGCCCAGGUACGCGCCCCACCGAGGCAGGGUGUGUGCAUCGGUGUUGUUGUAUUUGGACUGUACCAGGGAAAUUACUAGGCCGACGCCCCAGCCAGCAGCUCUGGACAUGGUGGGAAGGACCUACUCCUGCCCCGCGAGCAGACAGCAGCUCACACAAGGCAGCCGGUGCUGCAGUAGUAGCCCCCCCCCCCCCGUCGCCAGGUGGGGCCCUUCGACGGGGAAGAGGUCCUCGUCAUCGACGGUUGAGGCGUUGGAUGGGCCGAGAACAUCCAGCAGCAAAUCCAACCAGGAGAGAGAGAAUAUAUCAGCUCUGUUAAAUAUAGUCUCAGUCGUAAAGUAAUUUACUCAGAUCGCUCAUGUAAAGUAAAUAGUCCAUGGCACUUCAAACGGUCGUCCUGUCGCUGGUCCGAGUCCUCUGCAGCUCAUCCAGAAUGCAGCAGCCCGGUCUGUCUUCAACCUACCCCAUGUCCCACACAAUGCACCACUGCUCUGCACCCUGCCCUCGCUACCGGUGGCUAAUAAAAUCGGAUUCAAGUCACCGGUAAUUGCCUACCGUGACGUGAAAGGCUUUGGCCCAUCCUACCUCCAAGACACGGUCCAACCGUUCCCCCCAGGCCACCCACUGUGUCCGCCAAACAGCUUGCUACUCCUUCAAAUAAUACAAAUAAUAUAAUCCAAUUUGUUUAUUUCUUGUCUCUAUAAUGUAGCAUGGCUGAAUGUCCUUAUUGUAUGCCGCUUUGGACAAAAGCGUCAGCUAAAUAUGUAAUGUAAUGUAAGUGUAACAGAUAGCCACUAGGUGGCGAACCAACACAACCCAUGAUUCCCAGGCCUCUUAAAACCAGUGGCGUCCCUAUGCUGUUUUAUUCAGGGCUAAAGCCUCUGAGGUUAUUUAAUUAGCCCCGAAUAUGAUCUUUGGGAGAAAAAAAUCAAAUAAAAAAUAUUCAUAAACAUUUAUGAGUAGCCUAGUCUAGAUAGUCCUUCUGGCAAGAGAAUAAACAACAAC